GAGUGACGUCAUUAGUCAGUACUUGGAGUGUGGAGGAGCGGUGGUUUUGCCUGGGGGCCUCGACUAUGAUCAAAUCAGAUGAGCCGCUCUGAAUCCUGUUGCACUCUGGCUUAGAGAAGACAGAGGAGGGAAGAGGGAGACAGAGUUCCAUGUGGCUAUAUCCUCGGUCAACCCCGCUGCCCAUUCCCCUGCAGGAAUAAGGAGUCAGCAGCAGAGUGGAGGAAAACGCAAGACUUUGAAAGAAAAAUAAGAAAACGUCAAAAGAAACAGCAACUGGUCAAGAGGAAGGGGCUGCCUCAGCCAUGGGAAAACAGAACAGCAAGCUACGGCCGGAGGUGCUGAACGACCUGCGCGAGAACACAGAGUUCACCGACCACGAGCUCCAGGAGUGGUACCGAGGCUUCCUCAAAGACUGCCCCAUGGGCCACCUGACUGUGGAAGAGUUCAAGAAGAUCUACGCCAACUUCUUCCCUUACGGUGACGCCUCCAAGUUUUCAGAGCACGUCUUCCGCACGUUUGACACCAACGCAGACGGGACGAUAGACUUCCGGGAGUUCAUCAUCGCGCUGAGCGUUACGUCGCGCGGCAAGCUGGAGCAGAAGCUCAAGUGGGCCUUCAGCAUGUACGACCUGGACGGGAACGGCUACAUCAGCCGCGCGGAGAUGCUGGAGAUCGUACAGGCCAUCUACAAAAUGGUGUCCUCUGUCAUGAAGAUGCCAGAGGACGAGUCCACGCCUGAGAAGAGGACAGACAAGAUCUUCAGACAGAUGGACUCAAACAAUGAUGGUAGGCUGUCUCUGGAGGAAUUCAUCAAAGGUGCCAAGAGUGACCCGUCCAUAGUCUGCCUGUUACAGUGUGACCCCAGCAGUGCCGGUCAGUUCUGAACACACACACACACACAGAGACACCUACUACUUUCAAGCCCACUGUCACAUGACUAUGGAGAUUAUAUAAAUAUUGUAAUUAUUAUUACUGUUGUUUUGAAGAUCAUUUGAUUUGUACUGUUACAGUUCCAUUUCAAUCCAUAGAAGGAUAAUGUUUCUAAAAUGUAAUCAUUUUCAUAUUGUAUUUUACUGUAAAUGUAUUUUGUGUCCGCACGUUUUGGUCUGCAAGUAUGUUUUAGUAUGCUGAUAGUGUUUGCUGUGCAGAAAUUA